AUGGGGCGACAGACUGGCAGCCGAUCCCUCCUCUCCCGGGCAGAGGAGGAGGCGGGGGCUGAGACGGUGCGGGGCGCGCCUGGGGAACAGGCGGUCGGCCGCGAGCGCCGGCAGAGCGCAGAGCUGCUCGUACUUGGGACCGCGGCGCCCGCGGCUGUCGCGGCGGCGGCGGGGACCCCCUUCGGCCUCCGGGCCGCCUGCGCAGGGAGGCGUCGGGCCAGCUACGGUGCGGGGCGCGCCUGGGGAACGCGGGCGGUCGGCCGCGAGCGCCGGCAGAGCUCAGAGCUGCUCGUACUUGGGACCGCGGCGCCGCGGCUGUCGCGGCGGCGGCGGGGACCCCCUUCGGCCUCCGGGCCGCCUGCGCAGGGAGGCGUUGGGCUAGCUGUUGGCCCGCGAGCGCCAGGAUCGAGGGUCGCUGACUGUGGCCAGGGCGCCCCCAGGGCCGGCCUCGCUGGUCGGGAUCCGGAGGGGAAGGUCCCAGCGGCUGGGGACUCCCGGACAGGACGCCCUUGCCCCGGGGCCCGGACCGAGACCUCGGAGACCCACAGGGGACGCACUCCGGCCGGCCCCCAUCCCCUGCCCCGCCCGGGUCUCGGGCGGCGCGCCUCGCCGGGCGCCCCCGCCAGUCCUGCCGGAAGAUGGUCAACGACCGGUGGAAGACCAUGGGCGGCGCUUCCCAACUUGAGGACCGGCCGCGUGACAAGCCGCAGGUACACGCGGGCCCGGGGCGUGGGGACCUGGGGCCCGCGCGGUUGGCGAGGUGGUGGCCGCUCCGGCCGGCGGGGUGGGCGCUCAGCGCGAGGCUGGAGUUUGGGGUGCACUCCGCGAGGCUCGGGAGGCCUGGGGCGAGGCGGCGCCCUCCUCUCCUCCUCCAACGGAAGAGGCUUGAACUUGGCGUUCGGGGUGCGAUGGGGGGCAGCACCCCUGCAGGAGCCGGGCACUGUGGCAGAGGGCCCCCUUGCGCCUCCAGUAGCCUGCUGGUGCCGGUGUGAGCAGAGGGAGUAGGGGACCUCUAGUUCACAGGGUGACCAGCCCUUUAGUAAACUGUGCAACCACACAAAUCACACCCCUCGCUGAAUGCUUCCUCACCUCUACAAUGGGCAUCUUAAUCACUUGCUAAGUAUCCACCCUGGGCACCACCCUGUUCCGGGUGCCUGGCAUGGUAACCUGAGCUUCUGGACCAGGGUGCGGAUCCCCUGGAUCUCCUCUAAAUCCUCACACUUGAAACAGGGCCCCCACUCUUCCAGAAAAGGAUCAGUAAAUUUUUGUCUCAUGUGAGAAGCCAGGGUAUCAUGAUUCUCCAGCUUUAAGACAAGAAAAGUGGGGCUCAGAGAGGGUUGCUCCUACCCAAGGCCAAAUCUCUGCUGAGAUUUGAACCUGGGCCCGUGGUGCCAGGUCUGUUCAUUCCACCCUUCCUGCUGCCUCUUCUGGGGCCAUGGAGGGGACAGGCUUGGAGGGUGCCCAGGGCUGUGCACUGGAAAGGGGG